AAACCAAUAACGAUUAUAUAGUAAUUCCAAAACAGUUCCAAAGUUCAACCUAUUUUUGGUUUUAUAUUCCCGACCGUGCCGUGAGAAUUUUCAGUUUUGAGUAGAGAUCGCGGUCGGUAGUUACGUUACGUGGUCUAAUAAUCAGCUAAGGAUUGAAGCAAAAUGAGCAAACACGGCUUUGACUCUAACGCCGUAACUUUGACCCGGUUUGUAUUGUCCGAACAAUCCAAAGUCCCCAAUGCCACCGGCGAACUGACUCAGCUAUUGAAUUCUAUUCAAACCGCUGUUAAGGUUAUCAGUAGUGCUGUGAGGAGAGCUGGAAUAACAAAAUUAUUUGGUAUUGCUGGUGAAACCAAUGUACAAGGCGAAGAAGUUAAAAAACUCGAUGUCCUGGCAAACGAUUUGUUCAUUAACAUGCUGAAAUCCUCCUACACGGUUGCUCUAUUAAUUUCAGAAGAAAAUGAAACAGUCAUAGAGGUUGAAACUGAACAAAGGGGCAAAUAUAUUGUCGCCUUUGAUCCUCUGGAUGGUUCCUCAAACAUAGACUGUCUCGUUUCGAUCGGCUCGAUUUUUGCCAUAAUGAAAAAAGAGGACAACAGCAUUCCAAACAUAAAAGACGCUCUUCAACCCGGUACCAAAGUGGUUGCUUCCGGUUACGCUUUAUACGGUAGCGCAACCAUGAUGGUUCUAGCUUUGGGGAAUAGCGUGAAUGGGUUUAUGUUGGAUCCUAGUUUUGGUGAAUUUAUUUUGACUGAUAAGGAUAUGAGGAUACCAAGCAGAGGUAAAAUCUAUGCCAUAAACGAAGGCUACACCCACGAAUGGGACGCUGCCGUCAAAGAAUAUGUCGACAACAAAAAAGACCCUGCUAAAGGCAAACCUUACAAUGCAAGAUACGUUGGUUCUAUGGUGGCUGACGUCCACAGAACCAUCAAAUAUGGUGGAAUCUUCAUCUACCCAGCCACCAAAUCAUCUCCUAACGGAAAACUUCGUCUGCUUUACGAAUGCAUUCCAAUGGCCCACAUAAUCGAAACUGCAGGCGGUUUGGCUACAAAUGGAAAAAUCCCAAUUCUCCAAGUGCAACCUACAGGACUUCAUCAAAGAAGUCCGAUAUUUUUGGGCUCAAAAGAGGACGUCGAAGAUGUUUUAGCUGUAAUCAAAAAGCACGAACUAUAAGACAUUGUACUGACUGAAUAAAUAUAUAUUUUUAGAUUUUACUUAGCAAAUUCC